AUAACAGAAAUACGAGGAGGUUUAUUGUGUAGUCUUUUCUGUUAAAGUUAAAGUUCUGUUAAUCACAUCCUUACAGUAGGACCCUGGAUGUUUAAUUGGGCAAAUGUAACAAACGUCUGUGUACACGUAGAAAGUGGACCUAUUUUGUCGAGUGUUGGGUUAGUUCAAAACUGAAUGAAGUCAUGGCAUCUAAAUCCUUCAUCCAUUACCUUAGACGAUACCGCUCCAGAAACGCGAGAAUGUGGAUUUUAAUAGCGACGGCUGUAGGAUCUUUUUUUCUUUUAUUUCAACAUCGUUACUCCGGAAUCGUCCUAGUCGAACUAAGACCAACAUCCUUCAAUCGGACGUGGUGGGACGCGAAGUCCUAUCCGAAGGAAUCUGCUUUUUCCCUGUGCUCUUCUGUUAUCCCCACGAGACAUAAUGUAAGUUUGACCGGGAGCCUGAAGAAGACGAUGGAGAUUGGUGACGGACCACCACCAGUCAGGGACAAGCUUUGUAGUAUGUCAUUCGAGGACCUGGAAAUGUACUACCACACGUACUUAAGUACGAUCCAGCGACCCUGUAAACGGUCUGUGCGAAUGGGACACACUAUGGACGGCGGAUGGGACGUGUGUGGUGAAGAAUUUAAAUAUAUACGGAACGAAUGUCUUGUUUACUCUUUUGGGAUACAGUUUGAUUUUUCGUUCGAUGAUGAAAUGGCGUCAGUGUUUGGAUGUGAGGUACACUCGUUUGAUCCAAGCAUGCACGAAGUGGACCACGUACACAAUCCGUCGGUGUACUUCCACGCCACUGGCCUUUCAGAUUAUAACGGUAUCAGUAAAGACAUGGCAGGCUGGAAAAUGAGGACAUUCAAAUCCAUCCGGAAAGAGCUGUUCCAUAACAGUCGUACCCCUGACAUUCUAAAGAUGGAUAUAGAGAGCUGGGAGUGGAACGUCCUCCCCGACAUGUUAAAGACGUCACAACUUGAUGGCGUCAAACAGCUUCUAGUGGAGUUUCACGCGCGCACCGAGAGUCGUGUAAAGGAAUACUGGGUCCAUAAGCUCCUGAUACUGCGUGGGCUGUACCUGGAAGGGUACCGCGUGUUCUGGGUGGGACGCAACAUGAUGUGUACCUACACGUCACCCGCGCUUAACCGUACAUUUUACGGUUGUUACGAGGUUUCGUUUGUCAAGGUGAAUAUACCAGGUGCUGGCUAGGGACACGUUACUGCACUGGUAGUAAUGAGGUGAGACUGUUUCUCGUGGAGGAAUUUGGACACAAAUGAUCGGGUGAGAAUGUUAGCCGACGGAUAAUUAAAAACAAAAGUGGUGAGACGGAAGACCGGGUAGUAAUGUGGACAUGCGUAGACCGACAGUUGGGUAUUGAUCACCAGUGGGUGUGCAAUACUACGUUUGCAUACACGCACGUUUUCAGCCAUCCAUUUAUUUCGGUUUUCUCAUUUUUUUCAUAUUGUGAUUGAUGGAUUAAAUAAUGUUACAACUAUCGUGUUGUGUGUACGAAGUUUACAAUAGGCCCCGUCUUAUGGCAAUAUGUACCCCAUAAUCAUCAAGAAGCAAUCUGCCCAUAUACAUGUAGCUGAGCU